AUGGAUGGUAGUGGUGGUCAAAUGGAUAUUCAAGACAAAGUUGUAUGUGAUGAGGAUCUGAACAUGGAGGAAGUUGAAAAUGGAGCAAGAGGACCAAAUGAAACUCACCAUGCUCCGUCUAUUGAUUCGCAAAUUUGUAACGCAAAUCAGCUAUCUUUAGCUGAUUCUCAUUUCUCUCCAAUGAGGAUUUUGUCAUGGAAUUAUCAAGGAUUCGGCAACCCUACAACCAGAAAUUCACUAUGGAAUUUGAUCAGAGGUCGUGCUGUGGGUAUUUCUUUAAUUUGGAAAACUGGGUUUCAAUGUGAAAUUAUACACAAUACUGAUAAGAUGAUAAAUGUUAUAAUUUCUGAUAAUCCUAGUAAACCUGAAUUUCUAGCCACUUUUCUUUAUGGUUCUGUGUACCAUGAAGAGAAGAUGGAACAAUGGAAAUACAUAGGAGAAAUUGGUGCUAGAAUAGAUCAUCCUUGGGUUAUCAUAGGUUAUCUCAACAUUACUAUGCAUGACCAUGAUAGGUCUACCUACUCCACUCCAACUACAACUGAAUAUCCUGAAAUCCAAACCAUAUUGGAUAACAGUGAUCUCUCUGAUUUAGGAUAUAUUGGUAAUAGGUUUACUUGGAAUAAUAGACAAUAUGGUAAUAACUGCAUAUAUGCUAGAUUGGACAGGGCAUUAGUAAAUGGUCACUGGCUGAAUCACUAUGGUUGUACUCCGGUACAUCAUAUUGACACAAUUGGCAGUGAUCAUAUACCUAUAAUCUUGGAGACUACUUCUGUGUCUUUUCAAGGUAGCAAGCCCUAUAGAUAUUUCAAAUGUUGGGGUAGUGAUCCAUCUGUAAGAGAAGUUAUUAAAAAUGCUUACUCUAAAGAUGUUAGAGGCUCCUCUUCUUUUCAAUUUACUAAUAAGCUGAGAUUUGUUAAACAUGAUUUAAAACUUUGGAAUCAUCAGCCUUUUGGUAAUAUUGAUCAUAAAGUUAGAACUUUUAGCGGUCAACUCCAUUAUCUUAAUAAUCUUCCUCAUUCCUCAAAUAAUGUUGAAUUGAUUAAACAAGUAGAGUUUGACCUAGAACACUGGCAAAAAGUACAAGAGGACUUUUAUGCUCAGAAAUCUAGACAAGAAUUAUUUAAAUCCUUUGACAAAAAUAUUGGGUUUUACCAUAAUUAUGCCAAUAGGAGGAAGUAUUUUAACCAUAUAAGUGCACUUAAAUUGGAUAAUGGGCAGUGGGUUAAUGACAGAGCUGAUCUCGAAACCUUAUUGGUAAACCACUUCAGUUCUAUAGGAACUUGUUCUAAGCCUUCUAGAAAUCUUGAAAUUCUCAAUUGUAUUGAUCCUUUCAUUUCAAAUAGUGAUAAUCAAAAUCUUCUUAGACCAGUUACUAAGCAAGAGAUCAUUGAUACAAUUAACCAAAUGACUCCUUAG